ACCAAGAUGGCGCCUUCACGGAAUUGAGGGAUAUUCGGAUCAGCAUAACAUCGCUUAAUUUCUACCGAGACCAUCUUUUUGUAUUAUUUCUGUACCUCAGUGCUUUGUCAUGAAUUAAUUUUGGCUCACAGAAUUCAAAAUUAUUAUUUUUUACAGUUUGUCUACGUUUAGUUGGUCCCAAGUGAAUAAUGUGAGGUUAAGGUGUCAUUACUUGUAGGUAAACAAAAAUGAAUCAAUUUAAAAUAUUAGUAAGUUCCUCGAAGAUUUUACAAUUCCCGUCUGAAUAAUUUCAAAAUUCUCAAGUUUCCUCUUGACAAGUUGUGUUUUCGUCUUGUAAAGCGUCCUUAGUUUAUUUCAUGACAAAUUUCCAAGGUCUCUUUUGUAUUAGCUUUUUAUUGGCUUUAAUCUGUAAGUGAUAAGUAUUACUCCAAGAAUAUGCCUUCAGAAUGGGAUCUGAAUUUCCUACAAAACUGUCUCCAUCCUUUGAGGAUGAGACACCACCGGGAGCUGAUGGAAGACAGGAAAGCGUUAGAGCGGCUGAUUCUCGAUGCUCAAUGUGCCAUCUUCCAGUCGUGUCAACAUAUGAAGGUUCAUUGUCAGUGGGAUCAGCUUGUACUUGUUGCACCCCUCCAAUUGCAUCCACAUCUGCAAUCCAACAUCCUUCACCCCUUGCCCGCAGACACAAGAAAAAGGCUAGUGAGAAAGCAGGUGGGUCAGGUCACUCGAAACGGCAGCUGUUCAAGGAGGAAAUUGCCUCAACCUCCUCUCAGAUAACACCUCAGGUAACUUUAUCAACUAUCCCAGUUGAAUCUCAUCCUCAAAGUAUUUUAGAUCAGCCUGGGACAUCGCAGCUUCCGUUAAUUGACGAUAGACCAUCAACUAGCAGUGCUGCGUUGUCUGAGUUGCCCCUCUCAAAUGUUUGCUCAAUAUGUCUGAAAAGUUUCACAUCACCUGGGAAACUUGCUCAGCAUAUGUAUGCGCAUUCUGGUGAGAAACCUUUUGUUUGUGAUCAUUGUUUCAAAGCGUUCUCUUCUAAAUUCAAACUUGUGCGCCAUGUCUUAAUCCAUUCAGACUUGCGUCAGUAUCACUGCUCGCACUGUGAAAGAACUUUCCAUCGAAAAGAUCACCUUAAGAACCAUGCAAAGAUUCAUAGUCCUGUUAAAAGAAGACUCAAGUGUGAUAGGGAAGGUUGUGGCAAGGAGUAUAGUUCACCGCUAAGCUUCAAGAAACACACUGCUGUUCAUGCAGCUGAAGAAGGAAACCUGGAAUGCAAGAUCUGUAGUCAAGUAUUUUCUACCAAAGAAGAAAUCGUUUUUCACCUGAAAGUUCAUGCUGGCUCCAGGAGUGCUAAAACCCCUGCUGACCGCAAGUAUCAGUGCAGUUAUUGUGAAAGAAGCUUUUUCACAGCAAAGGAUGUCAGAAGGCAUCUAGUCGUUCAUACUGGUAAAAGAGAUUUUUUAUGUCAGUUUUGCCCUCAAAGAUUUGGGCGUAAGGAUCAUCUCACAAGACAUAUUAGGAAAAGUCAUUGCAACUCGAGCAAAAGUAAAAAGCACAGGCGAGGUGAUAGAGAUAGACAUAAGCCAGCCGAUAGUAUUUUAGAGUCAUUUUCUGCCUCUCGAGCUCAGAAACUUCCUUCAUCAUUUAGCCAGCCAACUGCCUCUGCCUCCAAUCAAAGUCAUGCAUUCCUGGAAACAGAAAGUCUCAAAAGCCCGAUUCCAAGUACGCGAACAUUAGCAUCAAGCUUAGAACAGUCAAAAAGUAUGCUGGGAACUUUUCCCUCAUCUCAAGUGCCAACGUCUGCCUAUGAAUCUAUUCCUUCAUCAUCUGAAAUGAUACUUAAGUCAGAAACAGAAUUUAUUGAUAUUAAUCUAGAUCCGGAGUUGUCUUCGGCAGAAUCUAGUCGUGUACCCCCAACCAGUGCCGAAAGUUUAGCGAUGGAAGAAAACUCAUCGCUCUACUCAAGUGUUGAACCAUUGUGGCAUAAACCUCAGGGUCAUUACUCCUCAGAAAAUAUUCUAAACCAGCCUUCCUCAUCUACUAUGUUACCUGAUCUUGUAUAUAAUCCUCACGCUUCUGCGUAUCCCGCGUCCUACGAUGAAAACAGUACAAAAAUAGAACCUCUUUCUCCAUAUUCAAGCUCUUUUGAAGCUGUAAGCACUAAGCAUGAACCGUCUUCACCUUAUUCACCAUUCGAAUCUUCUGAUAUCAAAAUGGAUCCAGAAUUUUCAUCAAACUCAAACUUGGCUCAUUUCAUGGACCUUAUACCACCUGAAAAUAUUCACGAGCUUGAAGCUUAUCAGUCGCAGCAGCAACACCAUCAUCAUCAGCAUCCACAACAGCAUUACGACCCAUCAAGUAUUGAAAUGUCUACUUCAGUGCCAAGUGGUGAGCAGCAGUUUUCAGAGGAGGCCACUACUUUACCACGAGACCUCCUUCAGUAUCCAUUGAAUACAGAGCUCAUCAACACACUUCUUCAAACAAAUCUUCAAGAUGAUUCAUCUGCAACAUUACCAACCUUUAACCAAGCUUUCCAGCAGCAACAACAGCAACCACCUUCGUAAACUUUUUGAGUAGACCAGAUAGAGGGAGGGGUGUCCAUUCCUUUCCUUAUCUAAAGUUAAAAUUUAUCAUUCAGAAAGUGUUAAAACACCUCUAGUUUCUUAGGAAACAUCUAAAAUGAGUUGAAUGUGGGUUAUCAAAUGCCCAAGUGUCCUUAAAUGGAACAAAUAUUGAGUACCAAAAACAUAUGGAACCUAUUUUUUUUUCAUUUAAAAGUCAAUGAAGUUUGUCGAAAAUAAAGAUUCUAUGGUCAGACUUUGAAACCAUGUAGCACUUAAAUUUUGAACAUCAGUAAGCAUAAAUGCAAGAACUCAUUGGUUUUCAUACCUCUAAGUAGUUCUUUUUGCUCUCACGUUCAGAGUUCUAGCAGUGUUACAUUUUGUGUCAAAAACAAGUAUUAAAGCCAGAAUUUUUGCUCACGCUUUCAAUCAAUUGUAUUAAAGGUGCAAUGUAUGUUCUGAUUGCAAAGAUCAAAGAAGUCUUUAUUUUUAUCAUCACUACUUCUCAUUGUCAGUUAAUUCUCCUAUUUCAAAAAAGAAAUAUCCCUUAUCCUCUUGUGUAUUACUAGAGCCAAUGAAUGGAAAUCCGAAGUGGUUUUAUUUAAUACAGAUAAUGAAGCUACAAAAACAUGCAUCUCAAACUGACAUCCUCAUUUCUUGUCUUAUUUAUUUAUUUAUUAUCUCUCUCAUCAACCAAUCGUAGCUGUUUCACACAAUCGUAUGAUUUCUCUUGAAUCUUUCAAGAAUGUGCUACAUAUAAAUAAUGGAUAAUACUCUGUUGAAAAGAUACAAUGAAGAAAGAAGAAAUUUCAAAAACACUACAAUCAUGCUUUUCUAGUUUUAAUAUUGAUGUAUGGAUGUUGCCUCCUCUCAUCUAGUCUACUCUGUCCAUGGUUAAACAUGUAUUCACUGUUCAAAUAUUUAUUUUUUUAUGUCUUUUUAAGUCCCAAGAUGUUAGGUUUCUAUGUAUUUUACUAAUUAUUGUUAAGUAAGACAAGGUUAUUCUUGUUGUUUUUAUUGUGAUUGCUUGAUAUUCGGCAUAGUAAUGUAAGUUUAUCUUGUACGAUUUUGGAAGUUGAUUUGUUUGUGUAUUCUCACCAACGAUUGUAAAUAGCGCACCGUCUAACAACAGUUUAUACUUAUUCUGUAAAAUUUGUUAUCAUCUUUGAUUUCAUUCAAGGAGUUUCUUGUAUCGUCCUCCAAGGAUUUACAAAUGAAGCUUUCAGUUACCCCUAGGGUCACUGUCUCCAAGUUCAACAAUUUUUUGCAGCCAUGACUGAAAAAUUUUACUGUACCUAAUCUUUGUUUUUUUUGCAUCAUAGAUUUUUUUAAUUAUGAAUCAAAUUUUUCAUCAAUAUUUUCUGAAGUCUCCCCCUUCUCUCUUCCAAAAAGAGAAAGAGAAAAAAAAUUUAAUUACUCUUUUCAAAAGAAAAAACCGUACAACUCCAAGGAGAGUUUUUUUUUUUUUUUCAGAAAAAAAAUUUCUUGGUAUUUUUUUUCAGUGUUUAUUAAUAAAUUCAAAUUCUUCAUGUAAGAAAAUGAUUUAUUCUCUCAAACGAAUAUUAUGGCUAUUAGGACCACGAACACAAAUACUUCAAAAUUAAGGAAGUUUUCUCGUCACAAUCAAACAAGUACCUAUUUGUAGUCACUAUUUACUGUCAUAAUAUUUUCUUUUCUUCCUCUAUACAAAGUGUGCCUAAACACUAUAAUUUUUUCUACCAAGAUGUUGUUGAAUUUUUUAUUGAGAUCUUCCGGUGAGUACAAUAUUAUUUUUCGGAGCAAGUUACAAAUUUAUGGAUCUUUGAAUGGUUUUAUUUAUAUUGAUUUUCUGUUAUUAAAAGUUGUAAACUUCUCUUCCUUUUACCUUGUGACUCUGACUUUGAGUCUUGCUCCAAUAAAAGCUAUGACACUAUGUUUUCAGGAUUUUGAAAAAUGAAAAAAGCCAAUAAUGUCGAAGUAAUUUGAAAUUGGGAGUUUUACUUUGAAGUUAAAUUAUUUUGUAGGAGCAUCAACUCUUGUAAUUAAAUACAGGUAUGAAGAAUAUUCAUUAUAUGUUAUACUAUAGAAUUAAACAUCACAUCAUAAAUUAAAGUGUCUUAGUGCGUUUUUUUUUUAUUUUUUGUUUUUAAUUUUUAAGUGAUUUUAGUGUAAUGAGUUUGAAAUACCUCAUAAAUUUUUAAGUACCUAGUUAGUAUUCUAUGCUUAGAGUAUUAUAUUCUCUUAAUCAAAAUGUAUUCUUCCUUUUUUCAUUUUCCCCCUUCCAGGAUAAAAAAAGGUUGACUUUAUGGAAUUUUUUUUUUUUUGUUACAUUCAGCAUCUGGUUAAAUUUGUUAAAAAUAUAAUUAAAUCUAUUAUUUUGAAGUGGUACCAUCUACGUGAAAGAGAAGAAAAAAUCCCCUUUUAAUGUGAAAGGUUGACAGUUGAUUAUGGUCAUGAGAGCCUCAGUCUACCAAAAUUUCAUCAUAGAAAGGCUUAGGGUAAACAAAUCAGAAUCAAAUUACAUGAGUGAACGAAUAGGUUCAAAGAUAUAGUCAAGGUACUUCGCUACUUUUUACCAUGUUUCUAAAGACAAUGGUAUUAAUUUUAUUUAAACUCAUUAUCAGGAGGUGCUGGUCAGUUAUUAUUUACAUUGAAACACCUUUGUUUCUCCCCAUAUUUCGAAGUUGCAGGAUUCCAUCCACAUUUACUGGAAGGAAUAGGUUACAUUCAAACAAUGGGGAACUACAGUUGGAAAUCAUUAUUUUUUGUUCAUCAUUUUAACUUGCUGGAUAGUAAGAAUUCAGCACUAUCACCAGUAUCUUCUGGAGAAAAAGAAAAGUGCAAAAUGCUUUCCAGCUUGCAAAGUUGUCUAUCUGUAUCAUAACUUUUGAUGCUUUCAGUAGCGAGAAAGACAAAUUAUGGUACCUUCCUUAUCUUUUAAUCUGUAUUCGAGGUGUGCCUCAUAGAUUCUCAAGCUUUCUGGAGGGAAUAGAACAUUUUUUGAAUCUUUAUUUCAAGAACCCUUUUAUUUUAUAAACUUGAAUUGUUUAUCCCAACGCUUUUUUUAACCUCUCCACCACAAAUCAAUAAGAACAUUGUGAUGCACAAUCGUGCUGAAAUACAUUAAUGUGUAAUAAUUACAAAAUUUUGAACUCAUAAGACCAUGCAAGUUAUGCUUGUUUGUCAGUCUAAGUAUUGCUUGGCUUCGCUAAUGGAGUUAUGCUCUCUCUCUCUUUUGCAUCAUGUAGAUUCUUUCUUUUCUUUACUCUCGAUAUUGAUUCUCUCUCCACUUUUUCUCUAUCAAUGCCAUCAUUGUGUCGCAGACCUUGUAACUAGUCCUCUCUCUGAACCCUGUGAGUCCAUGGACCACAUUUUGGGAGCUGCUUGGCGUCUGUGCACUUGAUGCUACUUGUAUGCAACAAUGAUUUAAAUAUGGUUGCUUCUCUGACUUGUCAGAUACCAUUAUUUCCUCCUUUGUUAUUGUGUACCUACUGUCAUUGCUUUUUCAAUUUUUUGUUACCCUCACCAUAUUCAAUACGCUUACUGAAUUCCUGUCAUUCUGCAGGGAAAAUAGUUUUCUCAGGAUCAAAUAAGGUAAUGAUAAUGAUAUUAUUAUGAUAAUGAUAAUGAUGAUGUAAGAUAAUGAUGUGAUAAUGUAAGAUUCUGAGUUACCCCCUGUGGAAUCUGCAGCAUUCAUACUGUACAGGUACUGAAUCGUAAAUCCCCAACUUUUUUUCUUGUGUAGGAUCCUUGUCGAGUUCAGUGGCGAGAUGUGCAGGAUCGAUUAUCGAUUUUUCCUCAUUUGAAUUUAUAGUAAAGAAUCAAUCAUUAAGGUGUUCGUUUUGAAUACCUUUAUAUCGAUCCUUUUCCAUAGGUUUAAAUGGCAGAUCAAUUGAUAUAUCGCAAAGCACGCCUCAUCACUGGUCCAGUUGUCAGUGGAGUUAAUGGCUCCCACCUGAAAAGUGACAGACUAACUCUUUACCAGAGGGUGUGAAUAAAAUUUUUCCGGUCUCCGGUAUUCAUUUAAGAAUGUAACAUCGGUGUUUCAGUUUCAGUGAAAAAAGGAGAUUUACAUAUUGUCUUGUGUUCUGAUAAAAUAUAAUACAAUGGAGUAGUUACACUUAUCUUAGAAUCUUGUUUGGAUGGUUCAAGCUUAUCGAUCAGCAGAAAAUAAUAAAUAAAUAGUCUGUUCAAACACUAAGUUCUUUUAUCUAUUAUAAUUGGAAUUGUCGCUUAUGAAAAAACUCGGCGUAUGACAGCAUCCAUCACUCAUACCAUUGUUUCUUCUACUGUGGUGUUUUAUGUAAAGCAACCAGUGUAAAUGUGUAUCACUAAUCGAUGAAACCAAAUUAGAAGAGACCAUGGUGGAUGGCAUCAUACACAAUGUUUUUGAUGAGUCUCUGAUUCGAUUACUGUUGUACUGAUCUCUGUUAACACUGGCGCUUGAAAAGAUCUUAUUAUUUUUUUCUAAUCUUUAAGCUUAAAUCAUCAAAACACGAUUCUGUGAUUAUCGCAAAUGACCCAUUAUCAGCCUUACCUAACGAUCUUGUCAUGAGCCUUGAUAGUAUUGCACUCCUCUAUAACUAAGGAAACUUUCCGAAGUAAGGAUGUCUUUUUCACCUAAUGCUGUCUACUCUGUCAUUAUUCUAAAUGAAACUGUUCUUUUUUUUCUUGGAAUCAUUUCUUUCCUUUGCUUUGGAUCACAAGUAUUGAAAAAUUAAUUAUUCCUAUGUUUGAACUUUGAUCAAGAAGAAUAAAGUCUAGAGAAUACUGGAUACAUUUCAUCCUUUGAAAUCAGAUCCAAAAAAUUAUUGAAGUUGGGAAUUACUAUUGUGUACUCUGUGACUAAAUAAGUUUGUAUUUAGUAAUAAAUACGGGUAUUUGUGUCUCAGUUUUUGAAAGAAAUGUUCAAAAGAAGUAAAAUCAUACUUUUUAUCAUUGUGCAAUCUUGGGGUAAAAAUGAAAUCUAUCUACCGAUUUUAAUCCUCUUUGAGUUACAAUUCUCAGUCAGUCUCACAUUUCUGUUUAAUAAUAUUGCAAAUCUUUUGACGCUCUUCCACAUGGCAAUCCUUAAAUUUUGUUUGAAGUAUGUCCCUUCAUGUUAGAAUAUAGUAUUGUCAAAACGUGAUGUCCAAAAUUGAAAUAAUUUUCAAUUUGGGGCUGUCUCUUUUCCCAGAAUCUUUAUAUCUUGUGUCCUUUUUGGCUUAUUUUUUGGGGGUCAAAUUCAAAAUUUUGUUUGAUUUCCAUGCUACAUUGAUAUCAGGAUAAAUUCAUGUACCCAUUUUUGCUCAUUAAUUGUGUGCCUUCAACUUUUCAACUGCCAAAACCCUGCAAAACUAUUAUGAGGAAUCAAGAUUUUUUUAAACUGUUCAUAAAAUUUUGGUUGUAUAAGUAUUCAAUACUUUCAACAUUGUUUAUCUUUUUGUUGGGUAUUGCUGAUUGAUAAGGGAGAGGGUUAAUAAAAUGUCAACAACAGCCAUCUUGAAUAAAGAUAUUUUUCAAUUGUCAGACAUUCACCACAGCGUACCCAGGUUUCCGUAGUGGAUACAAAUUUCACUACAUUCAAAAGUUUCAUCAAUUUAAUAUUUAUCAGAACUGGGCACAGGAACUUGUUCCUCACUAGUUCGUUUGUGAAGCGUACAAAUGAAUCAAUAAUGACAUUGGUACUCAUUUGUUUUUCCAAACUUUUUAAUAAAAAUGCUUGUACUUUUUUUCUCUUGAAAUUAUCUUUUAAUUCAUGUACUACAGUUGUCGGUCAGAAUAAUUUCACUGCAAUUUUUUUUUCCAGUAAAAAUUCCUACAUGAAAUUCAUGAAGCUUCAUUCCAUUCCACUUUAUCUAGGUUAUGUUAACAAAGUAGUCUAGGUAUUUUUUUUUUCCUAAAUCAGGUAUUUAAAAUGACAGUGUCACUUUGACUCCGAUGUCCCUGAAAUGCAUCUUCCCGUCUUACCAAAUCAUUUCCUUUGCUGCUCAUAAGAAAUGAAAAAUCAUUUUCCCUGAGCAGGCUCGAUCAAAAAUGUCUUUUUUUUCUCUCUUUCUUUCUUUCAAAAAAGAAAAAAAAAAGAUCCCACUGUAAAUCAAAUUAGAAUGAUCCUACAUUUCCGAAACGUGCACUGUCAAUGUUAAAAUAUGAUUAUGAACCAAUCAACAUCUUUCUUUCUUAAUUGCUUUGCAAAGUGUGAAACACUAGUGUCUGUGCAGUAUUUGAAUGGACCAUCUUUGAAGCUGGCACCAAAGUUCCUGAUAGCUAAGGCUACCUCCUGAUCUUUUUUUUACAUUCUUUUUACCAAUUACUAUCCCGCUCAUUUUUCCUCCUUAUGCUUCCUCUCUCUUUUUUCUGCGUUUGUUACCAUGUUUUCAUUCAUGUUUAUGCAUCAGAUGAUUCCUUUUUACUUCGCUUUUCCAUUUGUUCUUUGAAUUUGUACAUUUACCCUCAACUCCACCCCCCCUCUCAAUCUGUUUUUUGAUCAUUAAUUGUUUUUGGCACCACUUGUUGAUAAUAUGUAUGGUGUUUUUCGCAACUGACCUGCUUGCCUUUGUCUGUUUGUAUAGCUGUUGCUAUGGAAUUAUAGGUUUAAUGUUAUGUUUGUUUAUUUUUACAUCAAGAAUGUACAUGAAAUGCCACAAAUUGUCUAUUUUCAAAUCUGCUCCAAUCAAGAAGUUAUAUUUUUUUAAUCGUGUCCGUUUUCUUUUCAACUGUAGCCCUCGAAAUCAUGAAAUUCACUUUAAUUCUUCUUCCCCAGUCCUUCCUCUGCAUCUUCGUAAGAGUUCUUCUGGGGGGUUCUGGACCCUCUCCUCCUCCCGGUCUUUCAGGCCCCUCAUUUGAUUUCAUUAAAUGAUAACGUAUCCCCCCCCCCCAAAAAAAAAAACUCUGGAUCUAUCUCUUUCCUUUGGUAUGGAGUUUUAUACUUCUCAGUGGUUUGUGAGACUCCUCUUGAAAAAUUGUAUCUGAUUAUUUUGAUAUAUUUGAGCAAUGAAAAACCGAACAAACUGUGAAUAAGUUCUUGUUCGGAACAAAACUAAAUUAUAUGAUGUUCAAGAAAGUGGCACUGAGCAAGAGAAAAAGUUCUCGUGGGACAGAAUAUAAGUUUUGAAAAGACUAUAUGGCGUUGAAAAGAGCCUGAAUGAAAACAGAUUUCUUAAUAAAAUUGUUAAGGAAAUCUACUCCGCAAUAGUUAUUUUGUUUUAGAGACUCGCCAAAUUCAUCAGGAAAAAGAAAUACAUUUUUUCAAUUUUCAACCCUUUUCACUUCUUUUUUUCACCCUCACUCACCGUUCUUUUCUGUGAAACUUCUGAUCUUUCAGUUUUUUUGAAGUGAGAAUGUUGAUCAGAAUGCCAGAAUGCAACUGGUCUCUUCUUUCAUUUUUAAUCAUUUUCCAACAAUAAUGUUACGAAGAAUGUAUUUUUUGGGGCGUUAAUGUAUUCUGUAAGUUUGUAAUAAUGUUGUUGUUAUUAACGAUUUAAGUUAUAAUUCUUUUCUUUCUUUCUUUUUUUCUUUUUUUUCUUAACAAAAAUCAGGGAAAUACCUAUCUCAUGAACAAUGUCUGAGAUACUUCAGUAAUUUGAAUUACCAGAGUGUUUCUUCCGGGACUGUUGUUUUUUUUUUCUGUUUUUUACUUAUUUUAUCAUUUCCAGCCCUGUUAAACAUUACAAUACAAUACUGUAAUGCUUUCAUAGUGUAAAAUCAAAUUAAAGCUUGGGAAAAGAGAUUCUUUCUUUCAAAUAUAUUACCUGUAAAAAAUUUUAAAAAGAAAAGAGAAAGAUUAUUGUUUCUGAAUUCAAAGAAGGAGCACCAUAUUAUCUCUUAAUUACUGAGUUGUGUUGCAAAUUAGAAGGUACUCGUUGAUCUUAAUUCUCUAAUUGUACAGAAUUUCAUCAAAAUUUCUUUAAAUUAAUUGUAAAUAGCGUUUGCAACACCACAAGUGCCAUCAUUUUUAUUUUUACAUUUUUGAUCAAUGUAACAUGUUUAUUUGUUAAUUUUACCUCAGUUAAUUAGUAAGAAAAUACGCUUUCCAAAUUUUUCUACUGUUGUAUUUUGUUGGUAUUAUUGUUUGGUGCCUCUUUGUGAAUGGUAGCAAGUCCAUUAAUGUGUGAGUUUUUGGUAGGCAAAUAGAGUGUGGUCAGAAGCCUUCUACGUACUCUUAUACUAUUCGUCGUGCAAGCUAUUUCCAACGGCUGUUUUACUUUAUCUGAGACAAAACUAUGUAUCUGAAAAAUCUCUUCUAUCGAUCUGCUUAAACACGUAUUUACAAUGAUGUUUUUGCAGUUGGCUGCAGGCCAAUUUUUUUUAAUUUUCUUUUCUUUUCUUCUUCACAAGGUUUGGAUUGACCCCCUUUUUUAUGCAGAAUUCAUUUUUUUUUACUUUGAGAACGUUGUAUUCAGACAUGUGUAAUGUGAAGAUAAUUAACCAUGUAAACACUGAUCAUUUCCUUAGAAUGGAAAUGAGAGAGAGCAGCUGUAUUAGCUGUUCAGUUUAAAGUUCCUUAAGACAGUGUGACAGUAAAAUAAAGGCCUUGCUAGAGAAAGAGCUUAUUUAAGUCAGUGUGUUACGCUCGUGCAAUCGCGUUCGUUGACAGAAAGAUACACAAAAAAAGAUACAAAAUCUAAUCUUUUCACUCUUACAUGUUAGAAGAAGAUAUUUAGACUUGCUUUUGUUUUGGAAGAAAAAAAUAUUUUAUUCACCCAUGAGAAUUCUACCAAUCGUAUUUUUCAUCUUCUUAAUAAUAACAAUGUAGUCGAUGUAUUGUCAUCAGUAUGCAAGGUAUCAAUUCAUUAAGUUUUUGGUUCACAAUGUAGCACAAACGUUACAUCUAUUCAGUAUCUUACCCACUAAAAUGACAAAGGAUCUUGAAUCUUGGCAAGUUUUUUUACAAAAAAGUCACCUUGAUUUUUUUUUGCUUUUUUGACCUCUGGCAUACUGAUUAUGAUAGGUCUCCAAUUUUUUUUUAUUCUUUUAAAGGCAAAAUUCACAUUUUGAAAGAACACAAAAGAUAAUAAGAAUCAAUUCAAACCCCAAUUUCGUCAAAUGGCCCAUGAGAUCACGAGAGUAUUUCUUUAAGUUUGGUAGAAGGCUUCAUGAUCACAUUGCUUUAAAAAGCACUCACAAAUGCUAGUUAUUAUGUGUCAUAUUGUUCAUUCAUAAUCGAUUACAAUCCUCUUGAUACCUGUAAUUUUCAAUCAAAUUUUAUUUCAAAGCCUAGGUGAUAAAAUAUGUAAUGUUUUCUAAAGUUCCUUAUAAUUUAGGUAAGAAGCUAAGUUUUAACAGAAUUUUUACUACCUGUUUCAUUUUUACUUUUUUAACUGGCACUCUAAGUGAUUAAAAAUACCCUCUUCUGGUAUUGCUUUUUAAUUUUUUAUUAUAAAUCCCCACCCCUUCCAUACGCAGCAAAUUUCCAUAACCUGAGCAAUCGAGCGCACAUUCUGCUCUCAUUUUCAAAGGGCUUGUAUUUUUUUAGUGGAUGAAUCAAAUUUUUUUUUCUGGAUUUCUUCCUUUUGCACUUCAUAUUUUCUGUCAAGUCUAGCUUAAUUUUCGGUAUUGUUAGGGUCCUGAAAUUGCCGGACUUAUUCCAAAGAAUGCUGUCCCAAGUAUGGGUCUCUAGGCAAAGUUUGAUAUGAAGCACGAUGCAGCUCUUUUUCUCUUUAAAAUUUUACCAGGAAAACGAAUCACACGAUAGGAAGUCUAGAAUAGACUAGAAAUAGGGUAAUCAACUCCGACACAAGACAUAAUCGUUCACAAUUAACAUUGGUUAAAUGGCAAAAAUACCCAAGAUGUUAUUUGCAUAAUCUAACUUUCAUUUGAUCUGAGUUGAAAAUAUUUGUCAAUAUCUCGUCCAGGAAGUGAUUUCUUAACUUCUUGUCUUGUGAAUCGUUUUCUACGUUGAAGAGGAAGCAAGUGACUUCUUCUAUUUUAUUCAUUGUCUAGUGGCCCAUCAUGAAAACAAGUUGCUAAUGCAGUCCCCUUUUGCCCCCUCCCUCCAACCUGAUGUAAAGUUCGACCAUGUUUGCUUCACAAUUUUACCACCAAACCCUCCAUGUAGGAAAAUCAAACAUUGCUUAACAUGCAAAAAAUCUAUUCUUUUCAAAAAACACUCAAAUGCUCUCCAGUGCCUUGGUGUGUAUGCUUUUCAAUUUCACUGCAGUUAAUCUUUGCCUGUAGUUUUUGAUGCUGAAUGCUAAAAAUUUACUCAUCAAUGAAGCAGUCAAUGCAAGACAACAUGCAAGUCAUUUAGUGGGUACUUCAGAAAUAAAACCUCGCCCCAGAAUCAACCUUUUAAAUGAACCUGGCAACUUUGAUUUAUGUGGAGAGUCUAACAGGCAACUUGCAAGGCAAAGAUCAUUACAUUAAUUAAUUUAUUCAUUCAGCAUGUUUAAUUUAUUUUACUAUCUAUCCUAGAAUUUAAUUCAUUAUUAUCAUUUUUAUUUAUUAAUUUUUUGUCAAUUAAAAUGUAAAACACUUACUAUUAUUUUUCCCUCUCUUCAAAAGGAACAACAACAAAAAAAAACAGUUGGUCCCAAGAUUUUAAGACGGUGUUUGGUAAUUAAGAGCUUGAUAUCCUUAAGCAAUAUUUCCAUUUAAACUUUGGUUCUCCUUUCCUCGGUGUAUUUAUUUAAAAAUCAUUUCUUCACUUUUACUUGAAAUUUUCUGAAUACUUCCUCUUUGAACUUUUUUCUCUAAUAAUUGUUUAUUAUUUAUUUUAUUUUCUUAUUUUUUUCAUUCCUCUUAAGUUUUUUUCUUUUAAGUUUACUCUUUAUAUUGCUUGCUCUACUUUCUUUGUUAAAUGUUAACCUUUAGGCCCUAGAUUCAUUAUUUUAAUUAAAGCGAAUCCUCUUUUAUUUGUUUGUCUUUUUUGUUGGUAUGUGAACAGGAAAAGUAAUGUUUGGAUUUUGAAGUCACUUUAAUUAUUAAAUUCUAAGCAUUAGUUCAUUACUUGAUAAUAAGCAAGCUUGGCUGUGAUAUUAGAUUAGGAUUUUACUUUUAUUUUUACAAUCUCUGUUUUUUACUCUAAAUUGUAAAAAGAUAAUGUACUCCAGUGUAAGUUAACCAAUGUAAAACUAAUACAGUAAAGCAGAGAAAUGUGUAUUUUUGUGUUUACAAAUUAUCGUUGAGUUUAAUAUUGUAAAAUAUGUAUUUUAUCUAUUUUGAAUACCUUUCGAGUCUUACAAUUAUCAAAAAAAUACUUCUGUAUGCUCUGCGUUGUUACAGAUUACAAUCACUGUAUCUUUCUUUGAUAAUUGUUACUUUAUCAUUUACUUUUUAUUUGUGUUGUUUAAUAAAAUUGUAUUUUACCUUUA